AUGAGGUUAUUUGUGGCUCUAGUUCUUAGCUUUUUCGUAGCAUUUGACAAUGUUGAUGCAAAAACUAAAACUCUAACUAAUGAGACACAUUAUUUUGUUACAUCAGAUAACAUGAUGCGUCAUGUGGACUUUGAUUUUGAUUGUAUUGAUAUCUACAAGCAACCUUCUCUAAAGCAUCGUUUAUUAAAAAAUCACAAAAUUCAGCUUUAUCCAACUUUUACAAGAUCAAAAAAGUCAUCGUAUGUUGGUAAUAUCAUUGAAGAAUGUUCAAUAGGAAAAGUUCCUUUUUACAAGAAAACAAAAAGACAUCGAAAUGAAGGCUUUCGGUCAAAUUCGCUUGACUAUCAUUCGGUUACCCUCGAUACAACUGAAGCUAUGACAUUUCAUGGAGCACAUGCACUGAUGGGUAUCUAUGAUUUACAACUUAAAGGAAAACAAUAUAGUUUAUCUGGAAUUUGGAUUGAGAGUGGUCCACCUUCUAAUCUAAAUAGCAUAUUUUUUGGCACCGGGGUUAUGCCAUACUUAUAUGGAGAUAGUCAAGUUCACCUAACAGCACGAUGGACGGCAGGUGGAUCAGAAUGUUACAAUAGUCAUUGUCCUGGUUUCGUGCAAGUGCAUAGUAGUUUAUAUCUUGGAAUGGUCCUAUCACCGGUUGAUAUCAUUGGGAAAUUUGAAAAAGAAGUUUUAGUUAUGACAAUAAAACAAGAUAAAUCAACGGGUCAUUGGUGGUUAUGUCUACACUAUCAGCAAGAGUGUUUUGGAUAUUGGCCAAAAGAAUUUUUCCCUCACUUAAGUUCAGGAGCAUCUGUCAUAAAAUAUGGAGGUGAAACUUAUACUCCACCUGGAAUGGUUAGUCCUCCAAUGGGUAGUGGAAGAUUGCCACAAGAAAAAUUCAAAAACUCGAGUUUUAUGAAAAAUAUUGAGAUUAUUAAUUUAGAAUAUAACGAAAUCGACAUACAACCUAAAAAUAUGAAGGUAAAUAAAGGGGGUAAUUUAAAUUGUUAUGACUUAAUAUAUCUUGGUGAUCAAGGAGCAUUUGUUCAUCAAGCUUUGUUGUUUGGUGGGCCAGGUGGAAAGUCGUGUUAAUGAUUGAA